AUGUUCCUACCAAGUGAUCUCGCAGAAAGUUAUGAAGCCGAAAACCAACCAAGUAUUGACGAUACUGAUACCGAUAGUGAUUGUGAAAUUAAUGAAUCUAAAUCUAGAGGAACUAUUAUUGCCUGUCCACCCUCGGCUGUCUUUUGUUUAUAUUACCUUACCUUCCUAAUGGUGAUUAUAUGUACAGUUCCUUACAUUUAUAUUCCGCUAUUGGCAAAGUACCAUCUAGGAUUGGGACUAAAUCAAGUGAAAUUACUUUACCUCAAUAGUUCACUAUUUGGCUUCAUUGUUUUACUUAUCUUUUCUUUCUUGGUGGAAAGAAUUUCCGAAAAGAAUUGUAUUGCCUUCAAUGCUGUUUCGUCGAUAGUCCCGAUUUUAACAACAUUUUAUUUUGCUCUGUUCUGGGAGAAUGAUAUGCCAGUGAAUGCAGCUUAUCUUUUGCUUGUUUCUGUGUUAUUUAUUGGUGCCCAGUUCGUAAACUUUCCUAUGAUCGCUUCAUUGCUAUCAAAACUAACACCAGCUGAGGGUGCAUCAUUUUAUCAAAGUCUCGCAUAUACCGUGGGUCAUGCCACCAUUAUACUCGGUCGUAUAUUAGCUGGUGCUACGUUUCACAGAAUACUAAUGAUGUACACCUGUUUUUUUCUUACCAUAUGCUGGUUAUUUGGACUUAUAUGGUUGAGUAUUGAAUAUAAGAACUUGGAAAAAGAUGAGAACUGGAUUGAAACCAACGCGUCUGUUAAGGAUUCGUCUGUGGGUGUCAGCAUCAAGGAAAGGGGACCUAAGUUUGAGAAUUAG